AUGGCUGCUCAUGUCAUCGUUCUUGAUUCGAGCGCUCGAAGAGCACUUAUUAAAGUCACGCCUACAAAACACUUGAGUGAUGUCUUGGGGGAAGCUUGCUCGAAGUUCAAUAUCAACCCCGCGCAGUAUGGCCUAAAACAUCAGAAAAAGACGGUUGACCUUUCCUUGUCCUUCCGACUCUCUGGCCUGAGCUCUGGGGCUAGGCUCGAACUCGUGCAGCUGUCCAAAUCACCAACAGUUGUCUCUAUUGCCCUCCAGCUACCAGACUCAGAAUCACAGGGUGUUCCUAAUAAUCGGCUGAUGGAUAAAUUCCCUAGUAAUACUACUCUAUGGCUGGUACUACGGAAAUUUGAAGCUGGGGUGGCAGGAGGUAGCAGAAAGUUCAACCUGACGGCAAGAGGUGCUCCACAAGUCCAAGAGGGUGAUUCAGGCUCUGGGAGGCUAUUUUAUGAAACCCCAGUGCUUAAUAUCAUGGGCAAAGAGUUAUCUUCCUUCACAGAAUUGCAAAAGACACUCAGCCAACUGGGGUUGAAUAAUGGUAGCGCUUUGGUAAGGCUAAGUUUCCGCAGAACUGACCAACCUCUAGAGGACGCCAUGGUGGAAAUUGAUGCGUACUUCAAAUCUGUGGAUGGAGACCCAAAUACAGCUGGAUCUAGCGAAGGUCCGUCUUCUGUGAUUGACACCCCAUCAACAGAUGCGCCGGUACUCACAGAAGAUACCCCCAAUGUGGAUGAUAAAGACGCUAUGCAAUGCGAUGUGGAUGAUGACACGGUGAUACCAGGUGAACAAAAUGUAACUCAAGGAGGCAAAGAAGAAGAACAGCAGAGCCAGGAUAAGGGCCAGCCCACAACCCCUGGGGUAGUGACUAUAUCCUCCAGGCCUGUGACUGUCUUUGCACCGCCAUCUAAUACGACUCCUCAUUCAGCCCAGACCCCCUAUAAUGAGAGAGACUACCUUCCUACUAUUGAACAUGCUCAAUCUCAUCAAAAGCGACUGAACGCGGCAAGCCGCCCCAGCCGUCUAGCGGGUGACGCUGAGCUUGCGGCUCAGGAAAACGCGACACAGGAGAGAUUGGCAAAGAUAAACGAGAUCGAGGUGAAAAUCCGCUUUCCAGAUCAAAGCCAAGCGAUCUCCAAAUUCACAAAGGAAGACACAACACAAUCGCUCUAUGCGUUUGCGAGAAGCUGUCUAGAUACCUCUCUAGCAGACCAACAGUUUUCGCUCUUCUACUUCCCCGCUGUUACGGCUGGAGCUUCUCGUGUGCAGGCGCAGAUUCUAGCAAGCGAAGAUAUCACCCUUAUCAAUGGACUUAAAAUGAGUGGGAGAGUGUUAGUUAACUUUGUCUGGGAUCAAAAUGCAGCUCUUUCCGCCCGUAGUGCUGGCGGGUCCGUACUUCGCCCUGAAUUGCGGCAAGCAGCUGGGAAACUACAGGUCAAAGAUGUUGCAGCUGAAGGUGAAGAGGAGAAAGGGGACGACAAAUCCCAGGGUCAUAAGGCACAACCGAACUCUUCUGAAGGAUCGAAGAAGAAAGGGGGCAUGCCAAAAUGGUUAAAGUUACCAGGCAAGAAAUAG